GAUGAUGGUUUUAAAAGUUAUACUCUGCUCCAGCACCAUAAGCGAUUGCAUUUAGAGCGUAAAUUUCCAUGCAAUAUAUGUACAAAAAAAUUCAUACGCUCAAGUGAUCUUAAAGUGCACAUGCGUUCUCACACUGGAGAAGAACCAUUCGAAUGCCAUUUGUGUGACCGACGGUUCAAAAUAAAAGUACAGCUCAAUUAUCAUCUACAGCAACACGCUGGCAUCAAACGAAAAUGCGCAGAGUGUGGAAAAGAGUUUAAUAACGUAAAACAAUUGAAAAUCCACUCUUACAAACACACCGGAAUGCCAUAUAGAUGUUUGAUGUGUGAUUAUGGUUGCGCAAAGCGUGAAGUGUUUAGGCACCAUUUGUCGAGGAUGCAUAAUAUGACUAUGACUCCCGAUGAGUAUCGUGCUAUGUUCAAAGCAAAUACCGGCCGAAAUCCAUGCGUGAAACCGUUAGAGGAGUUACAAGCAAAGGAGCAAAAAUUGGAACAUAAUGAUCAAUGAAACGAGUUUACCUAUUACUAAAAAUAGUAAAAUAAACAAGUAGUUUUUAAGCAAAAAACAAA